CCCGGACGACGAUAGAUGGCAAUUCAGCCCUGUCGGCAGAGCCCGACUCUAUUCGUCGUCUGACACAAAGGCGACUCUAGUUCUCGGGGCGGUACAAGCUCCGCACGAGGAAAAAAUUCCGGCGGACUGCCAGUCGAACUUCUCGGCGUUCAGUCUCUACACCGGCGGGCAUCCCUUCUUCAGGUGCCCUCCUCCCAGAUCCACCCCACAGGUCAUAUCAAGCGUCGCAGAUCUCGGUCGUGGCAGAUCAGAUCUGGAUCCGGCCCAGCGGCCGCCGACCAUGAGCGAGGAGUCCCGGUGCACCUUUCUGGUGCCCUUGGAUAAGAGCUGCCUCUCCACGGCCGAGAAGAUCAAGGCGGACCUCGAGGGUAGCGACGUCGGCGCCAAGGUCGACGCCCUGAAGCGCGCCAUCAUGCUCCUCCUCAACGGCUACACGAUCCCGCACCUCCUUGCCACCGUCGUCCGCUACGUUGUCCCCUCCGAGGAACACGUCAUCCAAAGGCUCCUCCUCCUCUACCUCGAGGUCGUCGACAAACGGGACGGAGCCUCCGGCAAGGUCAGCCCGGAGAUGAUCCUCAUCUCCCACAUCCUCCGCAACAACCUCCAACACCCCAAUGAGUACAUCCGCGGCGUCACACUGCGGUUCCUUUGUCGGCUCAACGAGCCGGAGCUGCUCGAGCCUCUUGUGCCUGCCGUUCUUGCCAACCUCAAGCACCAGCACCCUUUCGUCCGCCGACAUGUGUUCUCUGCCAUCUCAGCGAUCUACCGCCUGCGUGAUGGCAAGCAGCUCCUCCCAGAUGCGUCUUACAUUGUGGGACGUGCUCUCGUCAUCGAGCAGGACCCAACUGCACGGAGGAACGCGUUCCUCAGUCUCUGCGACUGCUCCCAGGUUCAGGCCAUCUUCUACUUGCUCAGCAAUGCUGUCGGCUUCACCGAGUGGCCUGACCCCCUCCAGAUGGCCGCCCUUGAUUUCUUCCGCAAAGUCUGUGUCAACCACCCUCACAAGAACCAUCACAGACGCCUUUUCUGUCGCAGGUAUAUUGAGGUCAUCAGCUCCCUCCUCUCUACUGGCUCAACUGCUGUUGUGUAUCACUGCGCGUGCACGCUGUUGUCUGUGUCCCAUACACCGACCUUGAUCAACGCUGCUGCAAAAACCUACUGCCAGUUGCUCAAUUCACAACGUGACAGCAAUGUGAAGCUCAUUAUAUUGGACCGCCUGCACGAGCUGCACAUCUCGCACCGUUACAUGAUGGUCAAUUUUGUCAUGGACAUUCUGCGCGAACUCGCUAGCCCUGAUCUGGUUGUCAAGAAGAAAGUUCUGGAUUUGGUGCUUGGUUUGCUCACCCCACAAAAUGUGGGGGACGUGGUGUUUGCCCUGAAGGAGGAGGUCUAUGAAUUAAUGUACAGUCUGCUGGAGUUUGCCAAUGAGUACUACCAGAUGCUACUGCAGGCGAUCCAUGCCUGUGCCGUGGUAUACCCAAAAGUGGCUGGACCAGUGGUGCACCUCCUCUUGGGCUUCCUUGGUUAUGGUGAUGUUGCUUCAGCAUCUGAUGUUGUUCUGUUUAUGCGUGAGGUCAUCGAGACCAAACCUUUCAUGCGUUUCUCCAUUAUACAUGAGCUGAUUGGUACAUUAUAUAAGAUCAAGGAUUCCUUCAUCUGUUCGUGUGCUCUCUGGAUCCUUGGGGAGUACUCGCUUUCGCUAUUUGAGGUCGAGAAAGCCAUUUCUACUAUUAAGGAGUCACUUGGAGAUCAGCCCUUCUAUGCUGUCUCCGAGGAAAGCGAGUCAAUUGAUUCAUCCAAGCCAGACCAUCCAGCCAUGGACUCAUCUACUCUAUUUUCUAAAAGACUACUUGUCGCUCUUCUAAAUGACACUUGUGCCACACAGAGUGCUGCGACCGAUGAUUCCAUUUUUAAUCCUGCUCUUACUAGUGGGUUGUUUGAUUCCAGGCAUAAUCUCAGAUUUCUCAUUAUGUCGGGUGAUUUUCACUUGGCUGCUGUUGUUGCAUGUACGUUGGCCAAGCUUGUGUUGAGGCUGGAGGAGGUUCAGCCAUCUAAGGUGGUAACAAACAAUGCAUCGGCGGAGUCCUUGCUGAUCAUGGUGUCUAUACUGCAGCUGGGGAAGUGCUCUUACCUUCCCCACCCUAUUGACAGCGACUCAUAUGACAGGAUUGUGUUUUGUAUUAGGUUGCUUUGUAGCACUGAUGAUCAUGCAAGGAAGGUCUGGUUGCUGUCAUGCCGCCAGAGCUUCACAAAGAUGGUCAUUGCUGAGAAGCAGUUCAUGAAGAAUGAGAAGAUGAAGGUCAAGGCACAUAAUGCCUAUGCACAUCCUGAUGAUUCCAUUGAUUUCUACCACCUGAGGAGCAGGAGGGAACUGGACCAACUUGAGUUGGAAGAUGAGGUCCGAGGUGAUUUAAUGGCUGCAACUGGUGAAGUUAUGAAGGGCACAUAUGAUGCAAAUAAACUGAAACGCCUUGUUCAGUUGACAGGGUUCAGUGAUCCUGUGUAUGCUGAAGGAUUAGUUACCUUAAAUCGAUAUUAUGAUAUUGUGCUUGAUGUUACAGUCAUAAACCGAACUGAAGAAACACUGCACAAUUUGUGCGUGGAGUUUGCAACAGCGAGUAAAACUGCGAUAGUUGAGCGCACUAAGAAGUACACUGUGGCUCCUGAGGCAUGCGAGCAAAUCCAGGCUAACAUUAAGAUGUCCUCAACGAACGUUGGAAUUAUAGUUGGUCGCAUUGUUUAUGAGACUUCAGAUGCAAUGGAGCUUUCAGAGGUGAUCCUAAAAGAUAUGAUCAUUAACAUCGCAGAUUACAUGACAGCUGCUACAUGUAGUGAUGUAGGUUUCCGGAAAAUGUGGGCUGAGUGUUGGUGCAAAAUUAAGUUGAAGGUCAACACGGUGCUUCAUGAUGAGAAUGAAUUUGUGAAUUUCAUAAUCAAGUCCACAAACAUGACAUGUCUAACACCACUGCUCGGCUCAGCGUCAAGGGAUGACGCUCUUGCGUCCGCGACGCUCGGAUCUCCGUCCUCCGUUGCGGCCGCCGUGACUGGAUCUGGGUACCCCGCGGAGCCCUCUCCCACACCAGUGUUGAUGGCGCCCUUUCUCCUGGUUCGCCCGGCAAUGCUGCUCGUCCGAUCCUCGAGUAAAACACUGCAAGGAGAUUCGUAUUCAGUCUAGCUGCUUGCCCCCCUGCUUGAAGUGCAUAAAGAUGACCACGAGCACAUUAAAGAAAGAGAGUUACCUAGCCCACCACCAGAGGCACAGGAGCAUCCAAAGGUCCGCUCCAUCAGAAAGCAGUGGCAGGCAGGAAAGCCGACGCCGACGAGGAGCCCACCCAGCCUGCCUGCGUGAGGAAGAAACCAAGCGCAUGCAUGAGAGGGAAGGUAAGUGAGAGGGGGAAGAGCAAACUGAAGCAAAUAUGGGUACCAACCUUGACCUUGAGGAGGAACAUCGCUGGCAGUUGGAGCGGAUCAGAGCAGCGGCCUCCAUAGCAAGCAGAAGCAUGCGUCACUCGAUUUGGAAGCAGUCGAGCAGGAGCAGAUGUGGAUUCGUCUCCCGGCGCGCGAGCAUCUCUUGACGGAUGCACGACGACGACGAAGCCGAGGAUGGAUCGACCUCCUCACUCCUCCUACCAAGUCCGGAGGAGCAACGACCAUGCCGCAGACAGCUCGGCAUCCUCACCAUCUCCGCGGCCCGCGCUCAGUCAAGAGCAUGUUCCUUUUCUUGUCCCAGCCCAGACAAUUUGAUCUAGGAACCCUGUUUAAAAAAUAAAAAUAGGAAUUGUACUGCCUUGACAGUUGAUGAAUAGAUCAGAAAUUUUCUCGCCAAA